ACGAAAUUAAUUUCAGAAAAUGAAACUAUAGUGAAAAUAUGACUUUUCUCUAUUUUUUUUUACUGUUUUCGUCUGAACAUUUUUUUUACAUGGACUUUUAUUAUGGAAAACAGUCUAGACGUGCAAACGGAAGUAAGCAUGUGUAUAUUUGAGCAUGUACAGCUGAACGCGCUGUUCUGUCAUACUGUACUGAAGGCAGCUCUGGUGCGGUGCAAAUAUGCCGACCUUGUCCUUGCCACUUUCAAACCUGCUCAGAAAUAAGGAGAGUUUUCAGAAACUGGUCACACACUUUAAUUAUCUGCACACUAGAAGCGGGACAAGUUCGGUCAAUACCAGUACGCCAUGGAUAAGACGCUCCCGAGGAACGAAAUAUGGUCUCGUGUCCCGGAGGCAGGGUCCUCUGGGACAACUGACAGCAGGGAACAUGUGCACCAGCUCCAGUGACGACAAGACCAGCUGGCUCUGGUCUGUUUACAAUGAAACCAAACGACAAACCCAAGAUUUAAUUCCUGUGAUAUCAAACAACUUUGUCAACCCAGACACCAUCUUUGCCAAUAAUCAGAUGAGUCUGCAGGAUGUUGAGAUCUAUGGCUUCGACUAUGACUACACACUAGCUUUCUACUCCAGUCACCUUCACACCCUCAUAUUCAACAUCGCCCGAGACAUCCUCAUCGAAGAGCACAGGUAUCCAGAGGGAUUGAGGGAAUAUGAUUACAUCCCUAAUUUUGUGAUUCGUGGUCUGCACUAUGAUGUCCAAAAGGCCUUACUGAUGAAGAUCGAUGCAUUUCAUUAUAUCCAGCUGGGAACUGUGUACAGGGGUCUUAAUCCUGUGCCAGAAAAGGAGGUCAUUGCGAUGUAUGAGGGCUCCCACGUACCACUUGAGAUCAUGAGUGACUUCUAUGGCAAGAGCUCUCACGGUCACACCAUGAAGCAGUUCAUGGACAUCUUCUCCCUGCCAGAAAUGACACUGCUGUCAUGUGUUAAUGACUACUUCAUGAAGCACAACAUCGACUACGAGCCUGUUCAUCUUUAUAAAGACGUCAAGGAGGCCAUCGGAGAUGUCCAUGUCAGAGGGAUUAUGUAUCGCGCGGUAGAGGCUGAUAUCGAAAAGUACAUCUGUUACGCUGAACAGACACAUGCUGUUUUGCAGAAGCUGUCUAAGAACGGGAAGAAGAUGUUUUUGAUCACCAACAGCCCGCUUGAUUUUGUAGAUCGAGGCAUGAACUAUAUAGUUGGGAAGGACUGGCAGGACCUGUUUGAUGUUGUCAUAGUGCAGGCCGACAAGCCAGGCUUUUUCAACGACAGGAGGAAACCAUUCAGACGAGUUACUGAUAAAGGCGUGUUGUUAUGGGACAGAAUUCACCGCCUUGAGAAAGGGCAGAUCUAUAAACAGGGAAACCUGUAUGAGUUUUUGAGGCUUACAGGAUGGAGGGGCUCAAAGGUUUUGUACUUUGGAGAUCACAUUUAUAGCGACCUUGCUGACCUGACCCUGAAACACGGUUGGAGAACAGGAGCUAUCAUUCCUGAGCUGCGUAAGGAGAUCAAAAUCAUGAAUACUGAGGAAUACGUCCACACCAUGACCUGGCUGCAGGCCCUGACCGGGCUGCUGGAACAAAUGCAGGUGCACCGGGACCCUGCGUCACAAAUGGUGAUUCAGCAGUGGAUCAAUGAGAGGGAGGAAAUGAGGUUACGGACCAAAGACAUCUUCAACGCCCAGUUCGGGAGUCUUUUCCGCACGUACCACAACCCGACCUACUUCUCGCGCCGUCUUUCCCGCUUUGCCGACAUCUACAUGGCGUCCCUCAGCUGUCUGCUGAACUACGACCUCCAGCACACCUUCUACCCCAGACGCACACCCCUGCAGCACGAGUCUCCUAUCUGGCCCGAGCAGACCAGCACCGGAGCCAUGAGCAUCCCCUUCCAGAGCCACAGGACAACAACCGGAUCCGAUUAGAGAGACUAAAUGACAGAGGCUUUAAAAUGUACGUACCACAGAACAGCUGCUGUUAUGUUACAUCACUUCAAUCAGAUUCAGCUUUGAAAAAUGUGGGUGAAUCACUUCAAAUAAUAUAAUUCUAGUGUAGAUCUGUGCUGUGGUACAUGCAAUCUAUCCAUAUCUUAAUUUAAAAUGUAACCUUCGCUGUAAGAUAUCAUGUAAAUUGAUGAGAAACGAGUUUACAUGGAUAAGAGAGAACUUGUGCUUUUUUUAAUGUGCCUCAUAGUGUAGGAGAGAUUUUAUUUUUAAAUGUUUUUUUUUUUUUCUUUCAUUAUGGGCCUUCAUAAAUCCAUCUCCCUUAAGCUUAUUGAAAGACUAAGGGAGUGGAUACUUGACACACGCAAACACGUUUUUUCAAAGUGAAUGUACAUAUUGAAGGGUUAAGAAGGGUUUGAGCUGAACCUGGUUUCAGAUAGCUGAUGAAGAACAAAAGAGAAACUCUCAGGAAGACAGACGGACACUAUAUUCAUCUUGAAAUGAACAAAAUUAUUUUCAGUGUUUAAUGUUUUAAAAGCCUUACAUAGUGUUUUUUAGCAAUAAUAUACAGUGAGCUUCAAAAAUGUGAGACCACUAGUGAAAAAAUGCACAUUACCAUUCAAAACUUUGGGGUCAGUCCAUUUUUUUUGAUGGAAAUUAAUAUAAUUAUUCAGCAAUAAUGCAUUGAUCAAAACAGUGACGGUAAUGACAUUUAUGAUGUUAUAACAGAUUCUAUUUCAAAUAAAUGAAUACAUUUUAUUAAUCUAUAAUGACUGCCUUCACAUGAAUAAAUUAAUAUAUUAAGAUAAAAACUAUUUUAAUAUUUAUUUUCCUUUUUUUUAAUCAAAUAAAUGCAGUGAAUUUUUUUCAGAAACAUUAAAAAAUCUUGCCAACUUCAAUCUUUUGAAUGUAUAUUUUAUUUUAUUAAAGUAUAACAAUUUUUAUUAUUUUUAUGAUAAAUUUUCCAAAAUCCUAAAACGUUCCAGUUGUAAAUUAGAUUUUAAAUCUCAAAUUUUCAAUGUGGUUUCAUAUUUUUGCUGCCUCCUGUAUGUUUUUGUCGAAUGUUGACAUUGUGUAACUGUUUAGAAAUCAACAUUUAUAGCAAAAAUCUAGUUGCUGUACACUGAGAGUUCAUGUGACUCUUACAGUCAGUGAAGGAGCGUAUUGUACUACUUUAUUUCGCGCAAUCGCUUGUAGGGCAUUUUUGCUGACAUGGUAAAUAUAUAUUUUUUAAAUAAUUUCAGUAUACUGAACUUGGUAUUGUAUGAAUGUUUGCUAGGUGUUUUGAAGAUGCCAGUAUUGGACGGACUUUUGCUAAAAUUGAGAACGCACACUAGUUUUUUUUUUUUUUUUGUCUGCUUAUCUUUUUUUUGAUACUGAAGGAAGGACUCUUGUGACACUUUUUUGCCUUUGUCAUUUAUUUGACAUUGUUCAAAUGUGUUCAUAUUAUUUGAAGUGUAUUUUAUUUGGGAUAUUUAUUACAAAUGUAAUCAAAUUAAU